AUGUCGUUCAGUGAUCGUUGUUGUUAUCCUGGUUGUCAUGAGAGUGGAAAUUCACAUAAAAUCCUACAUGGCUUUCCAAGCCCCACUUGUGAUCUACAGAGAUUUAGAUCUUGGGUCUAUGCAAUUGGUGGUGAUAUUCUUCACUUGGAUAAUUUCUACAUUCACAGAUAUUGCAGAGUCUGUCAUUAUCACUUUGAAGAGAAAUAUUUUUGCCCUUAUAAUGGAAUUAAUAAUAUGGCUAUACCAACACUCGAGAUCUCUGAUCCUGUGAGUUUUGAAAGUGUUUCUGAAGGUAUUCCUUGUGUCUCUUCUCAGGUGGAAAUCCCACAAGAUAAGAAGCAAAAUUUAUUACUUCAUUCAGAAAAUGAUGAAAAUUUGGAUCACAACUAUUGUCAAUUGCAAGAUGAUAAUUAUUGCCCUGAAACGGUUGCUGUUGAAUAUGAAAUAAUCAGUGAUAAUAUGCAGAUUUCGGAAUUAUCAAAUGAGGCUAUUGAAGAAGUAAGUGAAUCUGGUAUUUCAUUCAUUUCGAAUCAUUUCAAUAACCGGCUCACGAAACGCCAACCACAAUGUUUAAGUUCACAAAUCGUAACUGGUUCAGAAGUGGACUCGGGUAUUAAAAAUAUUUCACAUAUAUCUAAAGAUACGCAGAUCAUAAAUAUUCAGUCUCAAACCGAGUGUAACAGUAUUAAUAAUGACUCGAAGGAUGAACAAAUUAAGUCACUGAGAAAACAAUGCCGCCUUUUAAAAGCAAAGCUUAAGAAACAACAGCAAAGGAUAUCGUGUUAUAAGGAAGAAAUUAAAAAAUCUAAAUAUCUAACAAAAGAAAAGUUUGAUGCCAUAACAGAGAGGGUGCCAGAACUGGGCAAACGACUCAUGUGGAUGCAAUUACACCAGCCAAAGAAAAAGAACGGACAUCGCUUUGAUACAAAAGAGAAGUUGAUGUGUCUCGCGAUUAAGAAGUAUAAACCCGAAUGUUUUAAGUUUUUGAAAAAGACAUUUCUUAUGCCUGGGAAUAAGACGUUGAAGAACUUUAUAACAAAAUUGCAAUUGCCUGAUUCCAAGCCGGAGGGAGACGAACCUAAUAUCGAUGACAUUGAAAACGAAGAAGUCGUUUCCGACACUUUGCUCGAUGGAGCGGACUCGGAAAUUCAAAUUUCAUAUGAGACGCACAAAAAUGUGCUCGGAGAAUUCAUACAAUUUAAUAAUAGCACCAAUUUGGCUGAUUUUACUGACUUUCAGCAUGGUUUAUGUUAG